AUGUCUUCUGUUCAAUGUCCACAGGAGGACUGUCUGGCUUCUGAUGAUGUUCUGGUGCACUUCUUUAAUGAGUUCCUCCGUCUACCUGUAAACAUAAUGUCACAUUUCUACUUUGGCUAUAUUUUACUUUAUUCAGUAACCAAAGUUUAUUUUCACUGUGGAUGAAUGCCAAAACUUUUCUAAAGCACAAAUAUGUUGGAAAUUGUUAUGCUUGUGGAAAUGCUUGAUUUCACGGUCCUCAAUGGUUGAACAGAUUUAAGAUAAUUUACCAAUUACACGGGCUACACUUUCCCUGUAUCUAUUCUGUCCGAAUCUGAGAUUUUCUUUUAAUUCUUCUGUUAAUCAAAUAAUGUCCCAAUGUCCUGUUUCCUUCCAACACAGUCUUUCCCUGAGUGUGUACAGUACAACAAGGAGACUGGUGUGUUUGAGGUGGUCAGUGAUGCAGCGGGGGCUCUAUCUAGGAGGAUCAGGUCAGACCUGCAGUACUUUCAAUCACAACCUUUCACUGACCCAACAGAGCUGGCUGUUAGACCCAUGGUGGACAACCACUACACUGUUCUGGUCAGUUCACAUUCUCCUGUUCCUUUAUAGUAUGUCAUCUUGAUAUUGAAUACUGCAUUGUGGGAAAGAGCUUGCAAGUGAGCAUUUCACUGUACUGUUUUACACCUGUUGUACAAUUGACAAGUAAACUGUCAAUUCGAUUUGCCAACCACCACAUUGCCCUCGUAAGUUUAGUCAAACUAAAGAUUAUGGCUUUUUUUAUUCAAGUGGUCCUCUGUAGCUCAGCUGGUAGAGCACGGCGCUUGUAACGCCAGGGUAGUGGGUUCGAUCCCCGGGACCACCCAUACGUAAAAAGAAAUGUAUGCACACAUGACUUUAAGUCACUUUGGAUAAAAGCAUCUGCUAAAUGGCAUAUUAUUCAAGUUUCUCAUCAGAUUAGUUGGUUGAUUCAUGAUAUGGAGUUUAUGAAAUCGGACACCUGUGUGUGGCAUCAUCUAAAUGAGAAUAAUCAUCAUUGAUUUGAAUGUCUUAACAGCGCUUGGACAGAGAACAAGGAGUGGAGUGGAUCCUAAAAGAAAGAGUACCCUUGUUUAUUCAAAGUGACUGCUACUUUGAGUACAGGUAAUCCCCAAUGUUUUAUUAGUGUGGGUAAUAUAACCUGUUGAUGCAUGUCUUGAUAUCAGCACUGCCCUUAUCCUGAUCCUGUCUGUCCUGACUUAAUCUGUCUUGAUAUCAGCACUGCCCUUAUCCUGAUCCUGUCUGUCCUGACUUAAUCUGUCUUGAUAUCAGCACUGCCCUUAUCCUGAUCCUGUCUGUCCUGACUUUUGGAAUGGGUAUUCUAUUCCUGUGAACACAAGCUGGUUGUGACCUGACACAAUUUGCGGCGCAACCACACAUGACAUCGCUAGGUGCCGUCGGUGCAACCCAACCUAUAGGUCUACUUCCACCCAACCUAUAGGUCUACUUCCACCCAACCUAUAGGUCUACUUCCACCCAACCUAUAGGUCUACUUCCACCCAACCUAUAUACUUCCACCAACCUAUAGGCCUACUUCCACCCAACCUAUAUACUUCCACCCAACCUAUAUACUUCCACCCAACCUAUAUACUUCCACCAACCUAUAGGCCUACUUCCACCCAACCUAUAGGUCUACUUCCACCCAGCCUAUAGGUCUACCUCCACCCAACCUAUAGGUCUACUUCCACCCAACCUAUAGGUCUACUUCCACCCAACCUAUAGGUCUACUUCCACCCAACCUAUAGGUCUACUUCCACCCAGCCUAUAGGUCUACCUCCACCCAACCUAUAGGUCUACUUCCACCCAACCUAUAGAUUUACCUCCACCCAACCUAUAGGUCUACUUCCACCCAACCUAUAGGCCUACUUCCACCCAACCUAUAGGCCUACUUCCACCCAACCUAUAGGCCUACUUCCACCCAACCUAUAGGUCUACUUCCACCCAACCUAUAGGUCUACUUCCACCCAACCUAUAGGCCUACUUCCACCCAACCUAUAUACUUCCACCCAACCUAUAGGUCUACUUCCACCCAACCUAUAUACUUCCACCAACCUAUAGGUCUACUUCCACCCAACCUAUAGGUCUACUUCCACCCAACCUAUAGGCCUACUUCCACCCAACCUAUAUACUUCCACCCAACUUAUAUACUUCCACCAACCUAUAGGUCUAUUUCCACCCAACUUAUAUACUUCCACCCAACCUAUAUACUUCCACCAACCUAUAGGUCUACUUCCACCCAACCAAAUACUUCCACCCAACUUAUAUACUUCCACCAACCUAUAGGUCUACUUCCACCCAACCUAUAUACUUCCACCCAACCUAUAUACUUCCACCCAACUUAUAUACUUCCACCCAACCUAUAGGUCUACUUCCACCCAACCUAUAGGUCUACUUCCACCCAACCUAUAGGUCUACUUCCACCCAACCUAUAGGCCUACAUCCACCCAACCUAUAGACCUACUUCCUGCAGCUCAUGGAUACCUAAUGUCACAUACAUCUCUCCUGCGUGCCAUGUUACCAUAUACUGUACCUGUUGAGAGCAGGCGACUCUCUCUGACCCACACUACACCUGCCUGUCACACACCUAAUGUAACACACCUGUAUUGGCAGAGUGAAGGUAGACACCCUGAGACAGUGACAUAAUAAUAUCCUACUCCAGGGACAAAACUUUUGAUUGAUUGAUUGAUGUGUGUUUGAUGCUUGACGGUGUUUCCCAGGUUAGCGAAGCUACUUUCUCAGUGGGGCCCUCGGAGCUGGAACCAGAAGAGGGAUGGCGUCUCAGUCCAACACCCUGUCACCCCAGAGCCUGUCUGUCCUUCCCCUGGGCCUGAUGACAGAGAGACCCUGAUGAAGGUCCUCUAUGUCUCACUGGGGCAGGUCAGCACAUCCUGGUUAUUCAUAUAGAUGAUAUGUCGGAGUAUGAUGUUAAGUACAGUGGAGAUCAUUAUUCGUCAUCACAUUUUAAAUAAACCCUUGUUUUGUGGUGUUGGUGGAACAGUAGUUGGAUGUAUAUGCUGUGUAUGAUCCAGGGAUUUCUUUGUCUCUCUCACCCCAGGCGACACUUUCCUGUCUGUGUUCUCUGUGUGUCUGCAGGCCUCAGUAACAGACAUGUUGACUAUGGCUGAGGUCAAGGACAAGCAGCAGCCUGUCUGUACCCAGUCUGUGAAAACCCCAGUGUGCUCCCUGGGCCGGGAGGGACGGAGGGGUCUGACCUCAGCCUGCUUCUCCUGCAUCCCUGACUCAGAGUCCUACGCCCUCUCUUCCUCACUCCUCGUCCCCCGUCCUCUCUGCUCUUCAGUUCUAGACUGGGACAGGAGACAGGGAGCCCACAGCCCAAAGCAGGAGAUGAGAGUCUACCUCACAGAGACAGAGGCAGGAACUACAGAUCAGGGUAAUGGGGACCCCAACCCCCAGAAUCCCUCCUGUUAUAGUCCAGUAGAACAGCUUGCUGUCAGUCUGAUGGAGCGGAUACUGAGAGAUGUGGAGACAGAGAUGGACGACAGACAGGUCACCAUGGGGACAGAGAUGGACGACAGACAGGUCACCAUGGGGACAGAGAUGGACGACAGACAGGUCACCAUGGGGACAGAGAUGGACAAGAGACAGGUCACCAUGGGGACAGAGAUGGACGACAGACAGGUCACCAUGGGGACAGAGAUGGACGACAGACAGGUCACCAUGGUGACAGAGAUGGACGACAGACAGGUCACCAUGGGGACAGAGAUGGACGACAGACAGGUCACCAUGGGGGCAGAGACGGACGACAGACAGGUCACCGUGGGGACAGAGAUGGACGACAGACAGGUCACCAUGGGGACAGAGACGGACGGACAGACAGGUCACCAUGGGUGACAGAGAUGGACGACAGACAGGUAACCAUGGGGACAGAGAUGGACGACAGACAGUCACCAUGGGGACAGAGACGGACGACAGACAGGUCACCAUGGGACAGAGAUGGACGACAGACAGGUCACCAUGGGGACAGAGAUGGACGACAGACAGGUCACCAUGGGGACAGAGACGGACGACAGACAGGUCACCAUGGGGACAGAGAUGGACGACAGACAGGUAACCAUGGGGACAGAGAUGGACGACAGACAGGUCACCAUGGGGACAGAGAUGGAUGACAGACAGGUCACCGUGGGGACAGAGACGGACGACAGACAGGUCACCAUGGGGACAGAGACGGACGACAGACAGGUCCCAUGGGGACAGAGAUGGACGAAGACAGGUCACCAUGGGGACAGAGAUGGACAGAGACAGGUCCCCCAUGGGGACAGAGAUGGACGACAGACAGGUCACCAUGGGGACAGAGACGGACACAGACAGAUCACCAUGGGACAGAGAUGGCGACAGACAGGACCAUGGGGAAGGACGACAGAAGGUCACCAUGGGGACAGAGAUGGACGACAGACAGGUCACCAUGGGGACAGAGACGGACGACAGACAGGUCACCAUGGGGACAGAGACGGACGACAGACAGGUCACCAUGGGGACAGAGACGGACGACAGACAGGUCACCAUGGGGACAGAGACGGACGACAGACAGGUCACCAUGGGGACAGAGACGGACGACAGACAGGUCACCAUGGGGACAGAGAGACAGACAGGUCACCAUGGGACAGAGCAAGGUCACAUAUGGGGAGCAGACGUAGCAGUGGGACAGAGAGGACAGGUGGUCCCCACACAGAGAGCCCCUGUGAGGGAGGUCCAGCCAUCAGCCACAGCAGACUGGAGGAGCAGAGAGGGUGA